UCGCUGAGUGUUCGUUUCGUAGUGUUGUAGCUCCAAAGAAUCUUUUUUUUUAGUUGGAGUUGAAAGGAAAAGCACAAAAGUUGUGUAUGUGGAAAACAAGAGUGCGAUACACAGAGAGAGAGAGAGAGAAAAAAAAAUAUAUCAAAAAUUCAAUACGAAUUCUUUUUGAUUUGGAAACAAAAGCAAUAAAUCAAGGAAAUGAAAAUUUGAGUGAUGCACACGGCAUAGGCAAAUAAAAUCGACGAAAAAUAAGAGGAGAAGCUGCAACACACACCGAGAGAGAAAAAAAAAUUAGACGAAACAACGAUUAAAAAAGAAAAUAGUUAAUACGGGGCAACAACAAAAAAAACGUUGUUGUUGCAACACAGCACAGCACAGCAGAAUAGAUAAGAAGAGAGAGAAAAAAUUGGAAAAAGUGUGUGUGUGCUGAAAUUGUGUUUAUUUAGUGAAAUCGAACGGAUAAAAAUCAAGCUCGACAGAAAAUGUCGGGUAACCAGGGAAUGGAAUCGUUGAUUCCAAUUGUGAAUAAGCUACAAGAUGCAUUCACACAAUUGGGCGUGCAUAUGCAAUUGGAUUUGCCACAAAUUGCUGUGGUCGGAAGUCAAAGUGCUGGAAAAUCAUCCGUGCUGGAAAACUUUGUCGGAAAAGAUUUUUUGCCACGAGGUUCAGGUAUUGUGACUCGGCGACCCUUGAUUCUUCAGCUUAUCAAUGGGCCAGCAGAAUUUGGUGAAUUCUUGCAUUGCAAGGGUAAAAAGUUCGUGGAUUUCAAUGAAAUUCGGAUGGAAAUUGAGGCGGAAACGGAUCGAAUAACGGGCAGUAACAAAGGAAUCUCAAACAUUCCCAUCAAUUUGCGCGUUUAUUCGCCAAAUGUAUUGAAUUUGACAUUGAUCGAUUUGCCGGGUUUGACGAAGGUGCCAGUUGGCGAUCAGCCGGCCGAUAUUGAGUCGCAAAUCCGUGGGAUGAUUUUGCAAUUCAUCAAAAAAGAGACCUGCCUCAUUUUGGCCGUUACACCAGCCAACACCGAUUUGGCCAAUUCGGAUGCGCUGAAACUGGCCAAAGAGACCGAUCCGCAAGGUAUUCGCACAAUUGGUGUGAUUACAAAAUUAGAUUUGAUGGACGAAGGCACCGAUGCACGUGAUAUAUUGGAAAAUAAAUUGUUACCAUUGCGUCGGGGCUACAUCGGUGUAGUGAAUCGCUCACAAAAAGACAUUGAAGGCCGCAAAGACAUUACAAUAGCACUGAAAGCGGAACGUGAUUUCUUUUUGAGUCAUGACUCGUAUCGCCACAUAGCCGAUCGCUUGGGCACACCAUACUUGCAACGGAUUUUAAAUCAACAGCUAACCAAUCACAUUCGUGACACGCUGCCCGGUUUGCGUGACAAACUGCAAAAGCAAAUGCUCUCACUCGAAAAAGAAGUCGAACAAUUCAAACACUUUCGGCCAGAUGACCCAAGUAUUAAAACAAAGGCUAUGUUGCAGAUGAUCCAACAAUUGCAAUCCGAUUUCGAGCGCACCAUCGAAGGAAGUGGCUCAGCACUUGUCAAUACAAACGAACUAUCAGGUGGUGCUAAAAUUAACCGCAUAUUCCAUGAACGUUUACGCUUCGAAAUCGUUAAGAUGUCUUGUGAUGAGAAAGAGCUGCGACGUGAGAUUUCCUUUGCCAUUCGUAACAUUCACGGUAUUCGUGUUGGUCUAUUCACACCAGAUAUGGCCUUUGAAGCUAUAGUGAAAAAGCAAAUAUCACAACUCAAAGAGCCCAUUCUGAAAUGUAUUGAUUUGGUGGUGCAAGAAUUGUCUCAUGUCGUUCGCUUGUGCACUGAAAAGAUGUCGAGAUAUCCAAAUUUGCGUGAAGUCACGGAAGGUAUUAUCACCUCUUAUAUCCGCCAAAGAGAGCAGUUAUCCAAAGAACAAAUUCUUUUGCUCAUCGAUUUUGAAUUAGCCUACAUGAAUACCAACCACGAGGAUUUCAUUGGAUUUGCUAAUGCUCAGAAUAAAUCCGAUAACAAUCCAAGUAAAUCUGGCACACGAACAUUGGGCAAUCAAGUUAUUCGCAAAGGAAAUCUGUGCAUUCAAAAUUUGGGCAUUAUGAAAGGCGGUUCACGGCCAUACUGGUUCGUUUUGACAUCGGAGAGCAUAUCUUGGUACAAGGAUGAAGAUGAAAAGGAGAAAAAAUUCAUGUUACCAUUGGAUGGAUUGAAGCUACGUGACAUUGAACAGGGAUUCAUGUCACGCAAACACACAUUCGCCCUGUUCAAUCCGGACGGUCGGAAUGUGUACAAAGAUUAUAAGCAGUUGGAAUUAUCGUGCGAAAGUGUUGAUGACGUUGACUCAUGGAAGGCAUCAUUCUUGCGUGCUGGUGUUUAUCCAGAAAAAGAUCAACAGGCAAACAACGGGGAAGAUCAGAACGAAGGAGUACAGGAGCAAGGCGAACAGUCAACCACAUCAUUGGAUCCAAUGCUUGAAAGACAAGUCGAAACCAUUCGUAAUUUGGUCGAUUCAUACAUGCGUAUUGUUACCAAAACUACACGCGACAUGGUGCCCAAAGCAAUUAUGAUGCUUGUUAUCAACAAUGUCAAAGAAUUCAUCAAUGGCGAACUCUUAGCCCAUUUGUAUGCAUCCGGCGAUCAAUCGAAAAUGAUGGAAGAAAGCCCAGAAGAAGCACAGAAACGCGAAGGAAUGUUGAGAAUGUACCAUGCUUGCAAAGAAGCACUCCGAAUUAUUGGUGAUGUAUCGAUAGCAACCGUUGGAACACCAGUUCCACCACCCGUGAAAAACGAUUGGUUGUCGAGUGCAUUGGAUAAUCCAAAAUUAUCGCCACCCAGCCCAGGUGGUCCACGAAAAGCUGUUCCAAUGACCGCACAGGCCGGUCGGGGACCACCACCGCCACCAGCAACAAAUCGUGCUGCUCCAGCAAUUCCAAAUCGGCCUGGACCAGGAGGUGCUCCACAGGGUCGGCCAGCCGGUGGAUUGCCACCACCAUUAAUCCCAGCGAGGCGUUAAAUUUCAUCAUUAACCAGCAAAUAAACUAAUCCAACUAAUAAUCUAUAUUGAUAUAUAUGAAAAGAACAGAACAAAGAAUAGAGAAAGCAAAGAAAUUAUACUAUAAAUAAAAUAUGAGAUUCCGCAUAUUUUGAAUAAACAAAAGAACAAAAAAAUUUACCUAUCUAUUGAAUGUUAUUGAAUUUUAAGAGACAAAUUACUAACAAAGAAUAUAUAUAUUUAAUGAAAAUUAUGCUAGAAAUAGUGUUUGUUGAAAUAUGAAUGUUGCAGAAAAGUGAUGCUAACAGUGACUACUUGCAAAAAAAUGAGCCUUUUGAUGCAUACGAUCAGAAUGUCAGGGCAAAAUGAAUUUAUACGUUGACACAUUGUACAUAAAAAAAGGUGAAAACUCUGUAAAAAAAAACUGGCAUUAAGUUGUAAAAUUCGAAAUGGUCAGCUUGACCGAAUAACCCACAAAAAAGAGAAGAAUCACACACAAUGUCGUUAAUAGAAAACUUCCGAUUUGUUUCGGUUUUUGGUUUCAUAUUCAUAUGAAAUUGGUUUUUGCCGUCGCCACCCACCACCCUCCUCCACUUCAGCAUCUCAACAAUUCAUUCAAAAGUUACGUGACAAAAAGCAUACACUCACACACGCAAAUACAUUACACCCAAUCAAACCAACGAUGGCACUUCUGAAUGUGGCUCUUAACAUAUAUUUCAAUGCAACAUUAUUCCCUCAUGACAUUCACGUAGAGAGUACAAAAUCGAAUAAUUCUUAUGAUAACAAACAAAAUACACAGUUGUCAAUUUGUUUUUUAAAAAAAAUGACACCAACGAAAUCCCAUAUGAAAUCGAUGUUUUUUGCUUCACCCAUUUUAAAACAUUCAUUUCAAUGUUGCACUAGUGAAUAUACUCUAUUGGUGUUAGAAAAAUGAAUUGUGUAUAAAAAAAAUUGGAUGUGUUGUGCUCGUUUUCCUUUUUGAUUUUUUUUCUACGAUAUUCUCCUAUUUCAAUCUAAUUCAAUUCUCUCAUUUUUCCAUUUCCAAAAAAUUAAGGCAUUUAAAAUCAUGAAUAUUUAUCAAUCUAAGCGACAUGCAUUAAAAACAACAACAACUGGUUAUUUGAAGAAAGAAAACAAGAAGGUGCUUAUGCAAUUGUAUCCAACGAAGUAUUUUGCUUCCGCCGACACACAUAUAUCGAAUGUAGAGCGAAAUCAGUGUUCCAUCAACUCGAAUGUGUAAUGUGUGUGAAUGUAUUCAAUAUAAUAGCGUGUUCUCAUAGCAAUUCGAUUAGAAUAAUAGAAAGCGAUAAUGAUAAGCUUAUUGCGCCAUGACACUGUUCAUGACGACGAGAAAAUUGUUGAUCAAAGCAAAAUAUGGAACCAAACCACCCCUUGGGCCAUUUUGUCUGUUGUUUCGCAUCAAUUUGUCCCCUUCGUUAUUUCAUUCGUUCAGUCGCACAUAGUUUUGUUUUUGUGUUGAACAUGUCAAUUAAUUCAUUUAUAUUUGGACACAAAUGUGUCAAACAAUUUUGUGUUUCUUCUAAUUUUUGUUUUAUUUUUUUCUUUUGUUUUCUUCCUUCGAUUACCAUCCGAUUUUGAAAUAUACCAUUCACCAUACACACAUAUUACAGACGCGUCCCAAAUCAACCACAAAUUCCAGCACAAUUGCGACAACAAAUUAAUCAACAAAUUGGUCAAGCGGUCACAAAUGCUGCCGUCAAUGAACUAUCGAAUGUUUUCGCCAGCAAAUUCAAGUAAAAAACAUUAUAAAUUCUAUUUGAUAAAGCAAAAUAAAAAGAACACUUGCAUCAAAAACAACAACAACAAAA